UUGUGGCAGGUGUGGACGUGGGUCUCGUUUGCGGUUCCUCCUUCCAACCACAGGCCGGGCGCUGCCGCCCGCCGAUCGGUCUUUCUGAGCACGCCUGGCCCGGCCGCGCCAGGAGCAACACCGAGGCUCUGGCGCACCCGCCGCCGCCGCCGCCGCCGUCGCGGGCGCCGAAGUCGCCGGGGCCGGUUAAGGUGGGCGCCGUCCCCAACCGCCGCCUGGGCGGCGUCCACAGCGAGCCCAUGUCGUCGCUGCCGGGGCGCCGGGCUCGCCUGUCAUCCCCCGGGACCAGCCGCUUGUCCUCCGAGGCCCGCGAAGAACUACGGCGCCGUCUCCAGGGCCUCAUCGAAGACAACCGGGUGAUGAUCUUCAGCAAGAGCUACUGUCCGCACAGCACGCGGGUUAAAGAACUUUUUUCUUCUUUGGGAGUUGAAUAUAAUAUCUUGGAACUUGAUCAAGUUGGUAAGUGGAAUGAUGAUGGGGCCAAUGUUCAAGAAGUGCUGUCAGAGAUCACUAAUCAGAGAACGGUGCCCAAUAUUUUUGUGAAUAAAGUACAUAUGGGUGGAUGUGACCGAACUUUCCAGGCACAUCAGAGUGGUUUAUUACAGAAGCUUCUUCAAAAAGAAUCAACAUAUGAUUAUGACCUCAUUGUCAUUGGUGGUGGUUCUGGUGGCCUUGCAUGUGCUCAGGAAGCUGCCAUUUUGGGAAAGAAAGUAAUGGUGCUAGAUUUUGUGGUCCCGUCACCUCAGGGUACAUCCUGGGGUCUUGGCGGUACUUGUGUAAAUGUAGGUUGUAUUCCUAAGAAACUGAUGCAUCAAGCUGCUCUUUUAGGACAGGCAUUAAGAGACUCAAGGAAAUUUGGCUGGGAGUAUAAUCAGCAAGUAAAGCACAACUGGGAGAUCAUGACAGAAGCUAUUCAAAACCACAUUGGCUCUCUAAAUUGGAGCUAUGGGCUGUCUUUGAGGGAGAAGUCUGUGGCUUAUGUAAAUUCCUAUGGAGAAUUUGUCGAACACCAUAAAAUAAAGGCAACCAAUAGAAAAGGACAAGAGACUUAUUAUACUGCUGCAAAAUUUGUUAUAGCAACAGGUGCAAGGCCACGGUAUUUAGGAAUCCAAGGAGAUAAAGAAUACUGUAUUACUAGUGAUGACCUUUUUUCUCUGCCUUAUUGCCCUGGCAAAACAUUAGUAGUUGGUGCAUCUUAUGUGGCUCUGGAAUGUGCAGGAUUUCUGGCUGGUGUCGGCUUAGAUGUCACAGUUAUGGUGCGUUCAAUCCUUCUUCGUGGCUUUGAUCAAGAAAUGGCAGAGAAAGUGGGUUCCUACAUGGAGCAACAUGGUGUUAAGUUCUUAAGAAAAUUUAUACCUGUGAUGGUUCAACAGUUGGAGAAAGGUUCACCUGGAAAGCUGAAAAUAGUGGCUAAAUCCACUGAAGGGCCAGAAACUAUUGAAGGAGUAUAUAACACAGUUUUAUUAGCAAUUGGCCGUGAGUCCUCUACAAGGAAAAUAGGCUUGGAGAAGAUUGGUGUCAAAAUCAGUGAGAAGAGUGGCAAGAUACCAGUAAACGACCUAGAACAGACCAACGUGCCCUAUGUUUACGCUGUCGGAGAUGUCCUGGAAGGUAAACUUGAGCUCACUCCCGUCGCUAUACAGGCAGGCAAGCUGUUGGCUCGAAGACUUUUUGGGGGUCAUUCAGAAAAGUGCAAUUAUAUUAAUGUUCCAACUACAGUGUUUACUCCUCUGGAAUAUGGCUGCUGUGGAUUAUCUGAAGAGAAAGCUAUUGAAAUAUAUAAAAAAGAGAAUCUAGAAGUAUAUCAUACUUUGUUCUGGCCUCUUGAAUGGACAGUAGCCGGCAGAGACAACAAUACUUGUUAUGCAAAGAUAAUUUGCAAUAAAGUUGAUAAUUAUCGGGUUAUAGGAUUUCAUGUUCUUGGACCAAAUGCCGGUGAGGUUACCCAAGGAUUUGCAGCUGCAAUGAAAUGUGGGCUCACGAAACAGCUACUUGAUGACACUAUUGGAAUUCACCCCACAUGUGGUGAGGUAUUCACCACUUUGGAGAUAACAAAGGCAUCGGGACUGGACAUCACCCAGAAAGGCUGCUGAGGCUAGGCCUGCUGCUAUCUAGUCUCCCCGUCUGUUCUCAUUCCUUUCAAACAUAAGGACGCUCUCGGACCCAGCGAAUCUGUGACCGGGGCACCUGCUCUGUUACAGGGCCCAGUGCAGGGCUUUCUUCACUGCACGUAGAUGAGAACGUAGACAAGGAGACAGGCAGCAGCAGGCGUCUGCUCAGCGGUCUCAGCUGACGGGAGAGGCAGUUACACUGCUUCCUUGACGUCUUAGCUCGGAGCUCAUGUGAAGUGAGCUAAGACCAAUGCUCUUCCAAGUCAGACUGAGCUUUCCUCUCAAGGACCUUUGAAUCACAUAGCUACUCUAAGGCAACCUUUCCGUUUGAAAGUUUUUAUCUUUUUGCUUUGUUUCUAAGAAAAUAUUUUUUCAGUUAUGAAACUAUAAAAUGGUGAUCUUCCAUCGUGUGGGCGUGUAAUUCACACGGGGUCACUGGUGAGCGGUGUCUGCGGAAGUGCCCUCAGGUAGCUGGCUGCUUCACCCUCUCCUGGGUCCCUGACGGUAACCACCUGGGAGCCUUUCUACCCUUAGUGUCUCUAGACCGAGCAGAGUGUCUCAUGUCAGAGAGAGAUGCUUGUAGUUCUUUUUCAUGUUGAUCUUAAGAGUAAUAUUAAAAAGUUUUACUGUAUUAUUUGAACUGUA